AUGUCAACUGCGAAUUCAUACUUUGAGGACCUGCGAAGUAAGCCCGAGGUCAUUGAUCCUACCCAAAAUGAAGACAUGGUGGAUGUUGGUGAACAUGUGAAUGAUACUGCUCAAAGUGCUCUAAAGCCUAAUGUGACUGUCUCUAGCAGUGUUCGUGAACUAUUGGAAUGCCCAGUGUGCUUAAAUGCUAUGUACCCUCCUAUACAUCAGUGUUCUAAUGGUCACACAUUAUGUUCUGGUUGCAAGCCUAGGGUGCACAACCGGUGCCCAACUUGCAGGCAUGAACUUGGCAACAUCAGAUGUCUUGCAUUGGAGAAAGUGGCUGCAUCCCUUGAACUUCCAUGUAAAUAUCAGAGUUUUGGGUGCAUUGGCAUCUACCCGUAUUACAGCAAGGUAAAACAUGAAUCCCAAUGCGUUUUCAGACCCUAUAAUUGCCCCUAUGCUGGAUCAGAGUGCACGGUCAUUGGCGAUGUUCCUUCUCUUGUGGCUCAUCUAAAAGAUGAUCACAAAGUUGAUAUGCACAGUGGCACUACUUUCAACCAUCGUUAUGUCAAAUCAAAUCCUCACGAGGUGGAAAAUGCAACAUGGAUGCUAACGGUCUUCAGUUGCUAUGGUCAAUAUUUCUGUUUGCAUUUCGAAGCAUUCCAGCUGGGGAUGGCUCCUGUCUACAUAGCAUUCUUGCGGUUUAUGGGUGAUGAUAAUGAGGCCAAGAAUUACAGCUACAGUCUGGAGGUUGGGGGGAACGGGAGGAAGAUUACUUGGCAAGGGGUGCCUAGAAGCAUAAGGGACAGCCAUCGCAAGGUUCGUGACAGUUUUGAUGGUCUCAUCAUCCAACGCAACAUGGCACUUUUUUUCUCUGGUGUAGACCGGAAGGAAUUGAAGCUCAGGGUUACCGGUAGAAUAUGGAAAGAACAGUGA